AAUUUCGACUUUUAAUUCUUUUUUUAUUGUGCAAAAAUGUGUCCAACCAAAAAGCUUGCUGUCAAAUGGCACGUGGUGGUUUCUGAAGGCCAUUCCUCUGUGGCACAAGACAACUGGUACCACCAGACAACCACAAAAAAAACCAUGCUUCUCGAAUAUAUCUGAGGCCUACGGCUCAUUACUCAACCCACCAUGUAAUUAUGGAUUAAAAAGAGAUGACUACAGCAAAGAAAAUUUCGUACUCAAAAUUGAAUCGUAUCAAAUUGAAAAACUUCGUAAGUAAAUAGCUGAAGGUGCUUCUGAAGAUGCAAUGUGCCUUUCAAACCCGAAGGACAGGAGGUCAAAGGAAAGACGUUCGAGGUCAAGGGAGCAUACUCUAAGGUCAAGCCGAAAGUCAAAGGACAACUAUCUGGAAUCAAAGGGCCGGCGUUCGAAGUCCAGGGAAAUGCGUUCCAGAUCUCGUAGCUCUACGUCCAGAUUAAUGCGUGUGAAAUCGAAAGAGAGGCUAACGGAAAAGCGCACUAUAACCAAGGAAAGUCGCUCGACAUCGCAGGAGGGGAAUUUAAAAUCAGGCCGAACGUCAAAGGAAAACCACUCCAAAGUAAGUGCCCGACGCUCCAAGUCCAAAGAAAGGUCCAGAGAGAGGCGUUCCAGAUCUCGCAGCCCAAGGUUCUCCCAAAGACGUUUCAGAUCAAAAGAAAGGUCAACGGGAAGGUGUUCUACAUCGAGGGAAAAAUCGUAUGGAAAACGAGAGGAAAGCAGUUCGCACCUGAAUGGCACAAUCGGUUCCAACGAAAAUGGAAGUUUCUUCAAACUCAAGAAAUACUAUACAAAGAAUGAAACAGUUGUAGGUGCUUCUGAAGAUGCAAUGUGCCGUUCAAAACCCAAGGACAGGAGGUCAAAGGAAAGACUUUCGAGGUCAAGGGAGAAUACUCUAGACUCUCUAGAGUCAAGCCGAAAGUUAAAGGACAACUAUCUGGAAUCAAAGGGCCGGCAUUGGAAGUCCAGGGAAAGGCGUUCCAGAUCUCGUAGCUCUAGGUCCAUAUUAAUGCGUGUGAAAUCGGAAGAGAGACCAACGGAAAAGCGCAUUAUAACCAAGGAAAGUCGCUCGACAUCGCAGGAGGGGAAUUUAAAAUCAGGCCGAAAGUCAAAGGACAACCACUCCAAAGCAAGUGCCCGACGCUCCAAGUCCAAAGAAAGGUCCAGAGGGAGGCGUUCCAGAUCUCGCAGCCCAAGGUUCUCCCAAAGAUGUUUCCGAUCAAAAGAAAGGCCAACGGGAAGGUGUUCUACAUCGAGGGAAAAAUCGUAUGGAAAACGAGAGGAAAGCAGUUCUCACCUGAAUGGCAAAAUCGGUCCCAGCGAUAAUGGAAGUUUCUUGGAACUCAAGAAAUACUAUACAAAGAAUGAAACAGCUACUACUCGACUUUUAACUGUAUAUUGAGGGUAGCAAUUUCUCCUGGAGAUUGAUCAAAUCGCGAAAAAAAACAUAAAACUGACACGGAAUAUAAUUUUUCCAAUUAAGUUUUUAGUCUGCACUUUUUAAACAAAUUCUUGUAAAAAGUUCCAUUUCUAACUCGUUCAAAUCUAAUUUUUUAAAUAAAAAAACAUUACAAUUUUUAAUGAUCAUCAAUUUUUUACUGUUUAUAGAA